AUGGUGAUGAAGCCAGUCAGCGUGACUCGUGAAGUGUACAUGACCAUGCUCCUGGACAAUGUAAUCCCCGCUAUAAAAGCGAAAUGGCCCCAAGGUGAGACCAAGGGAGUGAUCAUCCAGCAGGACAACGCCAAGCCUCAUGUUCCCCCAUCGGACCCUCGCAUCGUUGCUGCGUGCACCGGUGGCGGGUGCUCAGUGUUUCAGUUUGGGGUAACUAUUUUGGACAGAGGUAGUAACAGUAAGUAA